GCUGGGGCCCGCCGGAAGUGGCGUAGCAGCAGGGAGGGGUUCUUCACCCGGUCAGGCAGCUGAAGAUCCGCGCUCGGGUUACCCCUGCAGCGACGCCCCCUAGUCCCACCGAUACCACUGCUGCUCCCGCCCCUUCGCUCCUCGGCCGCGCAAUGGGCACCCGCGACGACGAGUACGACUACCUCUUCAAAGUUGUCCUUAUCGGAGAUUCUGGUGUUGGAAAGAGUAAUCUCCUGUCUCGAUUUACUCGAAAUGAGUUUAAUCUCGAAAGCAAGAGCACCAUUGGAGUAGAGUUUGCAACAAGAAGCAUCCAGGUUGAUGGGAAAACAAUAAAGGCACAGAUAUGGGACACAGCGGGGCAAGAACGAUACCGAGCUAUAACAUCAGCAUACUAUCGUGGAGCUGUAGGUGCCUUACUGGUUUAUGACAUUGCUAAACAUCUCACAUAUGAAAAUGUAGAGCGAUGGCUGAAAGAACUGAGAGAUCAUGCUGAUAGUAACAUUGUUAUAAUGCUUGUGGGCAAUAAGAGUGAUUUGCGUCAUCUCAGGGCAGUUCCUACAGAUGAAGCAAGAGCUUUUGCAGAAAAGAAUGGUUUGUCAUUCAUUGAGACAUCUGCUUUAGAUUCUACAAAUGUAGAAGCUGCUUUUCAGACAAUUCUGACAGAGAUAUACCGCAUUGUUUCCCAGAAGCAAAUGUCAGACAGACGUGAAAAUGACAUGUCUCCAAGCAACAAUGUGGUUCCUAUUCAUGUUCCACCAACCACUGAAAACAAGCCAAAGGUGCAGUGCUGUCAGAACAUAUGAGGCAUUUCUCUUCUCCCCUAGAAGGCUGUGUAUAGUCCAUUUCCCAGGUCUGAGAUUUAAAUAUAUUUGUAAUUCUUGUGGUCACUUUUGUGUUUUAUUACUUCCUCAUACUUACAUAUUUUCCAUGUCUUAAGUCUUGAUUUUAGCUUUAUAAAAUUAUCCACUUGUCCCGAAUGACUGCAGCUUUUUUUCAUGCUAUGGCUUCACUAGCCUUAGUUUAAUAAACUGAAUGUUUGGAUUCCUCAAUUACUGUUUACUUUUCAUGAUGGAAGCCUGUCACUGUAGAACAUAAUAGAACUUGAUCACUUGAAGCUCAGACCUGUUGGUCUUGAUCAAAUCAAACUAAGAAGACUUUAGUAAUAAGCUAUCAUUUUGCCACAGAGCAGCUUAUAACAAGCAGCUUGUAAUUCAUACACUCUUCUCUCACUGCAGUAUAUCCGCAAAUCUAAGAAUUGCCCUAUAAACAUAGUAGGAUUUUGAGAGCUUGAAAAUUUUUCAUUAUUCUGGAAGUCAAUUUCUAAAAUGCCUUAAUAGGAUUAUGUAGUUUAGUAAAUUUUGUUUUUUAAUUUUUGUAAGCAUCAAAGUUGAUUCGAGAGGCACUUUUUUCUGGACAAGAAUUAUCUUAAUAAACACAGAAGACUUAUAUUUUCGUUUGUGGGUGGUAUGGUUAUGGGGCCAUAUGUUAGACAUUGCUGCCCGGCAGGCUGGGAACUGGAUAGACGGGUGGAAUUCCAUCCGAGGUGCCUCUUAGAAUGAUCAGGAAGCCCAAGUUAAUGAUAAGUCAUUUAAGUUUUCUAAUUUCCCAGCAGUAGUUUAUGUGGCAUUUUAUUGCUUAGGCAAUAACUGGUUUAAUGCUCUUAGUAUCAAAUUGUGAAGUGUUAAUUUUGUCUUAAAACCUCCCAUUAAAUGAAAUGCAACCUAGUUUUAUCACCAUAUUCACCAGCAGACAUGGGUAGUUAUUUUAAUGAUGCUGAUUUUUGAGUUUUGCAGUAUAUUAUGGAAUAUAGUCCAGUUAAAUAUCAGGUUUCAGUAUGUCAAAAGAAUACAGUGAGAGGUUAAUGUCUUCUCACGUGGUACCACUUAAAGGCAUGUAUUCUUUAAGUACUUAAGAUGAAAUACGACCUUGAGUUUAAAUAGAAUGCAUUUAGGCCAUUAUACAGACCUGAAAUAGUUUUCUUCCACUACAUUAUUGAAAUCAGUAGAGCAACUAGUUUCUCAUUCAGAAGUGUGCACACUAAUAUUUAGUUUUACUUUCUUGUGGAUAAUAUUAAGCACUUACUCUGCAGUGUUCUGAAAGUUGUGUCAACUGAAGUGAUACGAUUCAGGAUGGUGGAAUGUCCCCAAAAUGUGUAUGUGUGGGCUUGCAUAGAUUACUAUGUUUCAUAGUUAAUCUUCUGUCUUUUGCGAUGCUCAUGACGUGUGGGGCGCACUGAAGGCAUUGCUGUGGUCGGUCUUUCGGUUUGCUUCUGUAGCCACUUUAUUUUAGUGUAUUGGUAUGAAGAUACUAUUAUCUAUUUGUAAAUCGCUACUUUGUAUUUUAUGCAUGCUCUGUAACUUGACUUUUUUUUAGUUAUUGAUUUGGAAUAUAUUUGCAUUCUAAUAAACAGUUAUAGGGGG